AUGCAGGCUGCUACGAUAAGCAGGAGCUGGCUGGCGAGGCCCGCCGCCGCCUGGCGGCCGUCCGCCGCGCCUCGCCGCCGCUGCUGCCGCCACCUCCGCCCACGCUGUGCUGCUGCUGCCGUGGACGAGGCAGCCUCUGAGUUCUCCCGCUUGGUAUCGACGGGCGGCAAGCUCACCAAGACUGCGGUCAGCAAGCUGGCAGUGGCAGACCUGCGGGCAGAGUGCGAGCGCCUGCAGCUGCCCAGCGAUGGGCUCAAGCCCGCUCUUGUGGAGCGCCUGAUGGACUGGUGGCAGCAGCAGCAGCAGCAGGAGAGUAGUGUGGGCCAGCCUGUGACCAGCACUGAGAAUGGUAGCCAAGGAGCGGCAGUGGCAGCAGCAUCUUCGGUGGAGCAGGCUGCGCAGGCUUCCGCCGCUGCUGCGCCGAUGCCAGCUGUCGCAGCGGACACAGCGGCCCCUGCUGCAGCCCCAGCCAGCAGCAACGGAAAUGCCAGCGCAAGCAGGAGCAGCAGCAGCAGCGACGGCGUCGCCAGGCCGGCGCAGGCGCGCCAGGGCGCGGGCGUGGUGUCGGCCACCUGGCUGGGCACCAGCAGCGGCAACCCCACGCCUCGGCGCAACGUCAGCUCCAUCGCAGGCAAGCAGGGGCUGCAGGCGCAGGCAGCAGGCCUGGCUGGGGAGCUGGGAGCUGCGCCGCGGCUGCGGCUGUGCCAUCGCCUGCGCUUUGACGAGGACAUUUACCUGGUGGACUGCGGGGAGGGCACGCGCAACCAGCUGCGGCGUGGCGGCUUUGACCCCGCCGCCAUCCGCCGUGUCUUUGUCACCCACAUGCACGGCGACCACUGCUUCGGCGUGGGUGGCGUGAUCAAAGCGGUGUGCGAGGCGCGGCUGGGGGGCCCGAUGCAGCACGAGCCGCUGCUGAUCUACGGCCCGCCCGAGCUGCAGUCACAAGUGCUGGCCACGGUCAGGAUGGGCGCCAUCCAGCUCACCACGCCCGUGGUGGUGACGGGGUGGGUCCUCGACCCGGGGCGCGCGCGGACGCCGGUCGCCGCCGACGCGUCGGGCAUGCUGCGCAUGGCUCUGCAGGGGCCUGACCAGGGCGACCGCCUGCCCGGCGCCGCGGUCCAGGCGCUGCAGGCGGCGUACGACCAGGGCAGCGAGCGGGUGGUGCGCCACGGGCUGAGCUGGACGGUGAAGGCACCGGGCGGGACCACGGUGUCGGCGGCCCAGCUGCAGCACCGCGUCCCCUGCUGGGGCUACGUCUUCUCCGAGGCGCCGCAGGCGGUGGCGCCGCCGCCCUCUGCCGCCGCGGGCGGCGCGGGGCAACCGGGCGAGGCGUGGGUGCGGCGCGGCCGCAAGCUGGUCAUCCUGGGCGACACAUGUGAUAGCAGCGCCAUUGCGCCGCUGGCGCUGGGCGCCGACCUGCUGUCCCACGAGGCCACCUUCUGCUCAGGCAUGGAGGACAAGGCAUCCAUCGCGCAGCACUCGACCACGGAGCAGGCGGGGGCGUUUGCGGCGGUGGUGGAGGCUCGGAACCUGGUGCUCACCCACUUCUCCGCCAGGUACGAGUCUGUGUCUGCGCUGGCGCACCACAUGCGCCGCUCCUCCGCCGUGCCGCGCGGCACCCUCAAGGCGGAGGUCGUGUCCCGGGACCUGCAGCGCGGCGAGAUGAUGCGGCUGCUGGACGAGACGCACAGCACCUACGGCAGGGACAGCCUGUACCUGGCCAACGACUUUUACACGUUUGAGGUCGAGCCGCCCGCCCCCGUGCCCGCCGCCCAGCUGCAGCAGCAGCAGGCGGAGCAGGCGGCACGGGCGGCCCAGGUGCAGCGCCAGGCGGCGGAGACGGCGCAGGCGAUGGCGGGGCGGCGCCUGGGCCGGGACUGGCAGGGGGAGCAGCAGUGGCAGGCGCGGGGGCCGGGUGGCAGGCCCCAGCAGCAGCAGCGGCAGCGGCGGCCCGGGGGCAGGGGAGGGCAGGGGCAGUACCAGCAGCGGCGCCCCAGGCCAACAUAGCUCACUCUAUAGACGUAUAGCCUGCCACCCCCCUUCCUGUCUGCCCAUCUGCGCAAGCAAGUGUAAUAGCUGCUUGCC